AUGGAGCCCUUAAUAGACAGGAACAACUUCGCUAUAAGCGCUAUGGUGACGGUCGCGAUGCAGAUCCUGUUCUUCACCAUAGCCUCGUUAUUCCAGAACGAUAAAGUGACUGACUUCACUGGCGGGGCUAACUUUAUUAUUAUAGCCUUGCUGACUUUCUUCCUCGGGCAAGGAGGCUCCCACCUCAAGAGUUACGACAGCCGCCAGCUCAUGGUGACUGCCUUCGUGUGCCUCUGGGGAGUCAGGCUCUCUGGCUACCUCAUUUACAGAAUCUAUCAUAUAGGUAGAGAUAAGCAAUUCGAGGAUCGUAAAAGUAAUACUCUGAGGUUCGCAGUGUUCUAUACGUUUCAGGCAGUCUGGGUAUACAUAGUUAGUUUGCCAGUAAUUAUAAUGAACUCGCCACAUCAUUCCUUCCCCAAGUCUCCAAAGACAAUGACGACACUGGACUCAGCUGGCGCCGGAAUAUUUGUCACCGGAUUGUUGAUUGAAACGUACGCAGAUCUACAGAAGUUUGCAUUCAGACAGGAGCCAGCCAACCAAGGCAAGUGGUGCAAUGAUGGGCUCUGGGGACUGUCGAGACAUCCGAACUACUUCGGCGAAGUAGUGCUGUGGUGGGGAAUAUUUGUCAUAUCACUAAACGUAAUUAAUGGCAUCGAAUGGAUCGCAAUCCUAUCUCCAUUAUUUACGACGGCGAUCAUAUUGUUCUUAUCUGGUAUACCGCUCCUCGAACGAUCGGCUGACGAAAAGUACAGAGAUAACCCAGAUUAUUUGUAUUACAAAGCGUCGACUUCGCCCCUGAUACCGAUUCCACCAGCCAUUUAUGUGGAAGUGCCACGAUUUUUGAAAUUUGUCUUGUGUUGCGAGUUCCCCAUCUACGACUCGACCACUGAGGAGUUCCCCGCGCCUACUAUUGUUACGGAGACAACCAGCAUUUCAAUGGUGCAGUCUCAGACAUAG